AUGAGCGAUCGGGCGCAACACCGCUCAGCACUCCGGGCUACCCCGCAGCAGUUAAAGGAGUUGCGAACCUUGAAUGUUGCAGUGAUCCAUCCGGACGAUGCUGACGGCCUCCAGCUUACACAGCAGUUGCAACGUAUUGGUUGUAAGGUUCAGGCCUUUUGGCCACCUGCAACUUCAAUAUCCAAUAACUUCGAUGUGGUUUUUGUCGCUGUCCGUCCGGAUGUAUUGAAUUUGAAUAUGGAAUGGACUCAGAAUGAAGAUGCCCCGACUGUCAUUGCAGUUGUGAACUACGAGAAUCCAACCAUUGUAGAGGUCGUUCUGGGCCUGGGCGCAAAGGCCGUGCUACCUUCACCAGUGCGCUCAUUCGGGUUGCUCUCCAUCUUGGUGUUGGCACGAGAAACCCACAAGGAAAACCGAUCUUUGCACAGACUCUUGCGUAAGGUGGAGGUUAAGUUGCUCGGCGUCCGACAUAUCGCAGACGCGAAAGCUAUAUUGAUGAAGACCCACAAUGUAUCAGAGACCGAUGCAUAUGAUCUCAUUCGCGAGCGGGCAAUGAGUACCCGAACCACCACGGAAGAAGUUGCCAAGGCCAUAUUCGAGGCACACGAGUUGCUGUCGAUAGGUAGUCGGCGCUGA